AUGGCUACUUUAUCCGGUAAAACCUGCCUUGUUACUGGAGGAGCCGGCGGGCUGGGCAAAGCUAUCGCCACGAAGUUUCUCGAGGCUGGAGCCAACGUGGUGAUUUGUGACAUCAACGACGAUCGACUUCAAGAAACCUCUGCAGAACUUUCAGUGAAAGGCCCGUUGAAAGCAGUCAAUGCCGAUAUUACCUCCGCCUCUGCAGUGCAGGGUCUGUUCGACACAAUCGUUUCCGAGUUUGGAAAAGUGGAUAUACUGAUAAACAAUGCUGGGAUCAUGGACCGUUUUGACCCUGUUGGGGACUUGGAUGAGGAACUGUGGGAUCGCGUCAUGGCCGUCAAUUUGACGGCACCUUUUCUUCUGAGCAGACUAGCUGUUCGCAAUAUGCUUGAACAGCCAAACCCAAAUGGUUAUAUCAUGAAUGUUGUCUCGUUGGCGGGCAAAGCUGGUUGGACAGCAGGUGCCGCAUACACCGCGAGUAAGCAUGGAUUGGUUGGUUUGACCAAGAAUACAGCCGCAUUCUACGGAAACAAGGGUAUUCGGUGCAAUGCCCUCAUGAUAGGUGGCAUGGACACCAAUAUCACCGAGGCAUUCAUGAGAGGUGUCAAUGAAGAGGGAAAGGACAAGGUGGUAGGUAUUAUGGGGGCCGUGCCGUCCCCCCUAUGUGACAUAGAUGAGGUUGCGGAAGUGUGUGUCUCUAUGACAUGCGGCAAGGGGAGCAGGCUAAUCAAUGGUGCCUGUAUCCCGAUUGACCAUGGGUUUUCUGGUACGGUCGGGUAG